AUGUCGGCAGGGCCCGGCAAGGGAGAUCAGCUUGUCAGUUUCGGUGCCCGACGUGUCGCCGAAACCCUCGACUCCGCGACUGUCGCCGCGACCUUCGCAACGGCCGCAUAUCGAUCCAAAGCCGACACCGCCUCAUCGGCUAAGGGGAAGAACAUCUCCGUUUCGAGCUGUUUGGCUCCCCUGUCCGGCGAGGAGGUGGAGGAGACCCGCCUGCUCAGUGGAACCGUCUUAGGGAUGGUACAGGCUAGCUCCCGCGAGAGCCGCGUGGAGCCGGAUGAAAAGGCGCUGAACCAGGCGGCGGAGGAGCCGAAGAACGGUUACUCGAAGCUUUUUCUGGAGGCACGAUGUCGAAGUAUGCGGGUGAAGCCUGGGUCGCAGAAAUAUGGGCGAUUCAGACGUGUGAAGGGCAACGUGGAUAUGAAGCGUGGCUUUGCGAUCAAAAAAGAGGUGGGGCCUUCAAUUCAAAAGCUUGCUGUCACACUUCUCAUUUUCGUGAAUGCGUUGGUGAUUGGUCUUCAGUUCCAGCAACCGGGCUACAGCGCUUCAGCAGAUGAGCUAUGGCCUGGGAUCUCAACUGUCUUCGAUGUGCUACAGGUGACCUUCACGUCCCUCUUCUUGGUUGAUGUCGUGAUCAGAGGAUGUCUUUUCUGGAAAACAUUCUUCUGCGAUUGGUUCAACUGGCUGGACCUUGUCGUGGUCCUGUCGAGUGUUUUUGACCUGAUCACGUCCGGAAUGUUCAACACAAGUGUCCUUCGGUUGCUACGCCUCACGAAGCUGACUCGGAGCAUCCGAAUUUUAAAGGUGUCUAGUGUGCUUGACUCGCUGAACAUGAUCAUGCUGCCGGGCUGCAGGAAGUGCCUCCGUGCCAGCGUGGGUACUUUAUUCUGGUCCUUGUGCGUACUCCUGGUCAUCCAGUGCAUCGGUGCCAUCGUCAUCAUGUACACAGUGCAAACAUACAUUCGCAGUCCCAACGACCUCACGCAGGAGAACAGGCUGUUGGUUUUCGCUUACUUCGGCACCUUCUCGCGCUCCAUGCUCACCAUGUUCGAGGUCCUCUUCGCUAACUGGAUAACGCCUUGUCGCAUACUGGUGGAGCAUUUGAGCGAGUACUUCUCCGCCGUCUUUAUCUUGUACCGGUGUUUGGUUGGCUUUGCCGUCUUGAAUGUCAUUCAGGCAGUGUUCAUCCAGCGCACCAUGCAGGUGGCCCAGGAUGACAAGGAACUGCAGCUCAAGCAGAAGCAGUAUGCCGCCAAGACCUUCGAGCGAAAGCUGCGCUACAUCUUCGAGGAGCUUGACACUUCUGGAGAUGGCAUCGUGACUUGGGAGGAGUUCGAUGACCAGCUCAAGGAUCCUCGCACGGGCGCGCUCCUCUCCAUGAUCGAGCUACGACUAUGGCUAAAGAACACAGGGGAUCGGCAAUGGCUGAUGGCUAUGAGUUUGCCAACGAACUCUGAGAUCCAUGCAGAUAGCAUGAACCAUGACGUGGAAGACCGCAGUAUCUUCACAGACUUUCUGCAUGGCCUGUCCAAGUUUCGCUCCCUGCUGGCCGAGGCAAAGGGUAUUGAUCUGGCGCAGCUAAGCAAAAAUGUCGGCCGACUUGGUCUCAUGGAGCGACUACAGGGCGCGGACGUAGGCGAUUACCCGAGGCUCGGUUGUGAUGACUAUUGCUACUAUGCCUUUGCUAUUGUUAGUAUUGUAAUCUUUGUUCUUGUUAUCGCCAUGUUUCCUAGUGUUGUCAUGGUGCCGAUGAGAGGCGAGCGUCGCAGUCGUUGGCCGCUUGCGGUGUACCUUGCUGGAGAGAAGGCUUCGACGGAUGUGGUGACCUGCAAUGUGCUGCUGAACGCAGCCCUCCGCAUCUCCUGGCAGCGAGCGUUGGCAACAGUGACGCAGAUGGAGGCGGAAGGCAUUCAGCCAGAUUCUGUGACAUACAACACAGCCGCCCACGCCCUCUGCAAGGACCAGGACCAGUGGCAGAUGACGCUGCAGCUGCUACACGAUUCGGCUAAAGCAGGCAUCCGGCCUGGCAAGGUGUCCUUCGCUGCGCUGGCGGCCGUGGCACGGCGGAGGCGCCAGUGGCGCCAGGCUGUGCAUCUGCUCCAACGUAUGGAGGAAGAGCAGGUCGAGGCAGAUGCGGUGAGUUGUGCGCUCGCUCUGCGUUGCUUGGAGGACUGCAGCGAGUGGUCCUGGGCCAUGCUGCUGUUGCAGCGACCCGGCCUGGACUCCACCUGCCUCAACGUGGCUCUGUCGGCUGUGCUUGCCGGACCUGAGGCGGCGUGGCACCGGGGGCUGUGCCUUGUGACGCAUGCGCUCCGGCACGGUCCGGCGCCGGACUCCGUAAGCUGUAGCACCGUCGCCAGUGCCUGUGCGCGAGCAGCAGUGCCCGGCGUCGCGCAUCGCUUGCUGCGCUCGUUGCAGUUCUCUGGCGUCCGCCUCGGGACAUCGGCCUACAACGCCUUCAUGGCAAGUUCUCGUGGGCACUGGUCCCUGGCCAUGGCGACGUUCCAGGAGAUGGGCGAGAAGGCAUUGCCUCGCGACGCCAUCACUGUCGGCGCUGCGGUGGCGGCGCUCGCUGCCGACAGCGCAGCUUGGGCGAAGGCGAUGUACUUCCCGAGGCAUCGUUUGAACACGCCCGCGACAACAGCCUGCAGCACGGCCUGCUGCAAUGCCCGUGAGUGGGUUGAGGCCUUGGCGGUGCAUUCGAAGCUGGCGCACAGCGGGCUUCAGGAGGCCUGCGCGGAAACCGCGCGAUGGCCUUUGGCCUUGGCCCUCCGCGGCUGGGGACCGGGCGCACGGAUUACCCUGGAUGCAAUCUCUGCAAACGCAGCCGUCACUGCUUGCCGUUCGGCCUGGCAAAGAGCUUUGCUUCUCCUGUCGGAGCAGGCGCAGCUCGACGCUGCGAGCUCGGAGCUGGCCGCAGUCGCGGCGGAGGCCUCUGAGCAGGGCGCCGCAGUGGCGAUGUUGCUAGAGGACCUGGAAGGACGAGUGGAAGAGGUGCUACGCCGCUGA